UAUUUAAACCAGAUGUAUUCGCGACGGCUACUCACUCCCGAACCCGUACCGAUAAACACUAUGUAUUCGCUCUAAUUAAACCAAUCAAAGACAAUUUACGGUGAUCCUUCGAGUCAGCGGCCGGGCGCAGUCUGUUUUCCGCCGUAAUGUUGAGGACUGGCAGCUUAACGCAGUUCUAAUUAAUUACCGUCGUGCUCCGGAGUUCUGGCUUGGCCACGAUGAAGAUCACCACCGGUUCCAGCCUGAAGAUCCACCAGGGCAACCCUUCCUUCCAGUACCUGGCUGCCUUCACCGGUACCCUGACGAUAAUAACAAGUGGCAUGUACUACGGCUGGCCGUCGCCGUCUCUACCAAAACUCCGUGAAGGUGACUCCGGAUUGACCAUAACAGAUGGGGAAGGGUCAUGGAUGGCCGUGAUGCCUUUACUUGGAGGCAUUCUGGGUGCUCUAAUAGUUGGCGUAACUGUGGAUAUCCUUGGGAGGAAGAAGACCAUAAUUCUCACGACAUUUCCCUUCUUCGCUGGAUGGAUCAUGGUGGCCUUCUGCAAGUCAGCUGUGCUUCUUUACAUGGCAAGGUUUCUAGCGGGAGUCGCAGACGGUUGGGCCUUCACGGCUGUCCCCAUGUAUAUAGGAGAAAUCGCCGAUCCAAGAAUAAGAGGUCUUCUAGGUUCGGGAGUUUCGGUGACGUGGAUUUUUGGUAUCUUACUAAUAAACGUUAUCGGGUCCUACUUAAGCGUAACAGUGACAGCGUUAGUGUCUAGUUUACUCCCAGUGUUAACCCUCGUAACGUUUAUAUGGAUGCCGGAGUCUCCUUACUACCUUCUGAUGAGAGGGAAGACGAACGAAGCCAAGAAGAGUUUGCAGAUUCUCAGAGGACUUGGGGAUGUGGAUUCUGAACUCAACAGAUUAACCGUCGCUGUGAAAGAGCAAACCUCCAACAGCGGGAAAUUCCUGGACCUGUUCACUGUGAAGAGCAACAGAAAGGCUGUGUUCAUCAGUAUGGUCUUAAGAGCGUCUCAGCAACUUAGCGGAACCACUGCCAUCAUUUUCUACACGCAACAUAUUUUCAAGGAAGCUGGUGAUGAUAUAUCCCCUGAAUUGGCAACUCUGAUAUAUUUUUCAGUUCAGUUAUUUUUAACCAUGCUUUGUUCUAGCAUCGUGGACAGAACCGGACGAAGACCCUUGCUUAUUGCAUCAAUAACGGGGUCUGGUGUCGUCCUCUUUAUAGAAGGUACUUAUUUCUACUUGAAAUCAAACACCGAUUUGGACGUUGCUCAAUAUUCUUUCGUACCUGUCGCCGCCUUGAUAGCCUUUGUAGUUUUGUUUAGUCUGGGUAUGCAAAGUAUACCGAUAUUAAUGUUAGGUGAAUUGUUCCCAGCCAACGUUAAGGCAUUCGCAUUGUGCUUAGCUGAUAUUUACUUUUGCGUAUUAGCAACGAUUGUUUCGAAGUGCUUUCAAAUAAUGAAAGACUCGUUCGGUUUGUAUGUUCCUUUUUAUAUGUUCACAGUGAGUUGUAUGAUAGGCUGUACGUGUAUAGUAUUAUUUAUACCCGAGACCAAGGGUAAAACGUUAGAAGAAAUUCAAAUGCAUUUGAGGGGGGAGAAGAUUCGCGACGCUGCUGAGGUCCAAUGGAAAACCUCUCGGGAAAUCGUAGAAAGAAUUUAGAAAUAAGUGUAAUUUAUUCUAUUGUUCUUGUAAUUUUAAGGCUGAUUUUUUACCUAUUAUUAUAUACACGUAUAGUUUAAUUUAUUUAGUACAAAUGUGUAAAGUCAAUGUCUUACAUAGUACUAGAUUUUGUACUGAUAAAUAAUUAAAUAUUUAUUAAAUAUGCAGUUUUUAAGUUUAUGUUUUGAGAGGAAGAAAAACCUUGUAAAAAUUGUAUUAUGUUGUAAAAUGUGACAAAAAUAAGAAUACAUUUUAUGAUAAUUGUAUCCACAGAAUAAAAUAGUUUAUAAUUUAUC